AGGCGGGGACGUACAUGGACAGGCUUUAUGAGAUGCGGUCAGAGCUAGGUGACACAGCGAACAAAGAACGGGAGAGUCAGUGAAAAGAAAAAGAGAGGGUUUAUAACUGUGUGUUUAACUGACAGGCUGGCGGGUGAAAUGUUGUCGAACCAUUGACUCACCUUUCACCCUUUCGGUUUGUUUAACGGCGGUGGGAGGAGGGCCAGAGCGGGGGAACGGAGCUAGGAGCUGGAAACGCGCAGCAACACACUGACAACGGAAAGGGGAGAGGAGAGGGGACCAUGGGCUCUGCUUCGUCCUCUUACCGGGUCAUUUACCUGGACGUGGACGGCAGGAUUCAGAAGGUGGUCUUCAGUAGAUUCUGCAGCCCAUGUGAUAUCAAGGAACUGUUCUGUACAGCCCUGGGUGUGCCAAGGAAUACUAUUCUGUCCCUCCUGGAUUCCUGUGGAGCCAUGGUUUCCAUCGACCCCACCAUGCCACACAAUACAGAGAGGACUGACAUUCGUGGCUGCCAAGAACUGCAGGUGGGGGCAGGAGGGAGGAAAGAGAACAUAGCACAGUACAGGUCACCGUACCGAGUGGUGCCUAUGACUGGAGGACAGCUUGCUGAUAAGGAGGAACUCUUUCAGAAUGUACUGACGCAAGUAGCAGAACAGUUUUCAAGGGCGUUCAAGAUCAAUGAGCUGAAGACAGAGGUCACCAACCGUCUUGCCAUGUUGGAGAAGAGAGUAGAGUUGGAGGGUAUGAAAGUGGUGGAGAUUGAGAAAUGUCGCAACGACAUCAAGAAGCUCCGUGAGGAGAUGGCAUCAAGAAACAACAGCAACUUCCUGGAAGACAAUAAAAAACUGACUCCUCGUAGAGACGUGCCCUCCUACCCCAAGUAUCAUCUGUCUAAGGAGACAGUAGAAGCUCUUAGAUUGCCUACAUUCGAUGCUUGGCAGUGGGAACCCAAUGAGAUGCUGAGCUGUCUGGAGCAUAUGUACCAUGAUCUUGGCUUGGUCAAAGACUUUAACAUCAACCCCAUCACACUCAAGAGAUGGCUGUUGUGUAUUCAUGACAACUACAGAAAUAACCCCUUCCACAACUUCCGCCACUGUUUCUGUGUCACCCAGAUGAUGUACAGCAUGAUCUGCCUCUGCAGCCUACAGGAGAAGUUAACUCAGGUGGAAAUUUUAAUUCUCAUGACAGCUGCUGUAUGUCAUGAUCUUGAUCACCCUGGAUUCAAUAACACGUACCAGAUCAAUGCUAGAACAGAGCUGGCAGUUCGCUACAAUGACAUCUCCCCUCUGGAGAAUCACCACUGUGCUGUGGCUUUUCAGAUAUUCUCUCAGUCCGACUGCAACAUCUUCUCCAACUUCGACCCAGAGGCCUUCAAACAGAUACGACAGGGAACCAUCACACUGAUCCUAGCCACAGACAUGGCACGACAUGGUGAGAUCCUUGACUCCUUCAAGCAUAAAGUUGACAACUUUGACUACACAGAUGAGGAACAUGUCACCUGUCUGAAGAUGGUGCUUAUCAAGUGCUGCGACAUCUCCAAUGAGGUGCGACCCAUGGAGGUGGCUGAGCCCUGGGUUGACUGUCUGCUGGAGGAGUACUUCAUGCAGAGUGACAGGGAAAAGGCUGAAGGGCUUCCUGUGGCUCCGUUCAUGGACAGAGAGAAGGUCACCAAACCGACAGCACAGAUUGGCUUCAUCAAGUUUGUCCUCAUCCCCAUGUUUGAGACUGUGAUGAAGCUGUUCCCACAGAUUGAGGAAGCAAUGGUGCAGCCACUCAGAGAGUCAAGAGACCGAUACGAAGAACUCAAACAGAUUGAUGACGCCAUGAAUGAGGUGCAGAAAAAGAAAAGUGAAAACUUGACCAUGGGAGGGAAGAAGAAGUAAACAUUUUGGAAAAGAACCAGUGAGAGUAGAGCACAGGAGUGAAGCAGUGUCAUGUAAAGUAAACUGUAGUCGUCAGACAAGUUGGUUCGUUAUGGACCAUCACUCCGUCCUCUCCUCACUUCAUCCUGUUGAAGAGCAGUGGACCAACAGGAUGUGUGAUCUAAGAAAAUCAGGUAGAUUUCCAGUCUGUCACAGAAAAGUGAGCGAGUGGAUCUUUGAGAGCAGCUCUCAGACCGCAUUACACUGAUGGACUCGAGGAAAUGAUGGACAAUACAAAGCAUUUUUGAGGGAAUGCCAGCAUUUGUACAGCACAGACUGCUUAAGUGAACAAUAUUUAGAUACAUAUCUUGAAUGGUUUUUUAUUUGACGUGUUGUUUUUAUACAG